AUGGCUCCUAAGAAUCCCCGCAUUAUCGCUCUCUUUGACGUAGAUGGCACGCUCACAGUAGCGCGCAAGACUGCGACGCAUGAGAUGCUGAUGCGCUUGAAGAAAUUGCGUGAGAACAUAACAACAGGCGUUGUGGGUGGCUCCGAUUUGGUAAAACAAAAGGAACAGUUGGGCGAAGAUGUAAUCAACAAUUUUGACUACAGCUUUUCAGAGAACGGUCUCGUGGCUUACCACAACGGAAAACUGGUUGGCGAGACAGACCUCAAAAGUCAGUUCACGAAUAUGCAGAUUAAUACUCUAGUCAACUUCUGCUUGCGGUACAUCGCAGACCUAGAUAUCCCUGUGAAGCGCGGCACAUUUAUCGAAUUUCGUAUGGGCAUGAUUAAUGUGUCACCAAUCGGUCGCAACUGUUCGCAGGAUGAGCGCGAUGAAUUUGAAAAAUAUGAUCACAUCCAUAAGAUUCGCGAGACUUUUGUAGAAAAGCUCCGUGCAGAGUUUUCCGACUAUAACCUCACUUUUUCAAUUGGUGGUCAGAUCUCGUUCGACGUGUUUCCGACGGGUUGGGACAAAACGUUUUGCCUGCGGUAUUUGGACGCAAAAGACUAUGAUGAGAUACAUUUUUUUGGUGACAAGACUCACAAGGGUGGAAAUGAUUACGAGAUCUACACGAGUGAGCGCACCAUCGGUCACUCGAUAAAGCACCCAGAGGAGACAAUUCAACUCUUAGACCAGCUCUUUCCCUAA